UAGGCUAAAGGACCUGGUGUGGGAGCAGGAGGGGGAGGCUUGAUGGCUGGGCAUCUGUUCCGAAGGUAAUGGGUGUUGUCAUCUACCUCAUGGGCCCUCAUUCUACCUUCUUAGGCGGGAGCAUGCUGGGGCUCUGGGGGCAAAGGUUCCCCUCGGUGUGGGUCCUGCUCCUGUUGCCGUUUCUGCAGCUGCUGCUGCCUGCAGUCCCCGCGUCCCACAGCGCUUCCUACAAGCCGGUCAUCGUGGUGCACGGGCUCUUUGACAGCUCAUACAGCUUCCGCCACCUGCUGGAAUACAUCAAUGAGACACAUCCUGGGACUGUGGUGACAGUGCUCGAUCUCUUCGAUGGCAGAGAGAGUUUACGGCCUUUGUGGGAACAGGUACAAGGGUUCCGAGAAGCUGUGGUUCCCAUCAUGGCAAAGGCCCCUGAAGGAGUACAUCUCAUCUGCUACUCCCAGGGGGGUCUGGUGUGCCGGGCACUGCUCUCUGUCAUGGAUGACCACAAUGUGGAUUCUUUCAUCUCACUCUCAUCUCCACAGAUGGGACAGUAUGGAGACACAGACUAUUUGAAGUGGCUAUUUCCCACCUCCAUGCGGUCUAACCUCUACCGGAUCUGCUAUAGCCCUUGGGGUCAGGAAUUCUCCAUUUGCAACUACUGGCAUGACCCCCACCAUGAUGACUUGUACCUCAAUGCCAGCAGCUUCUUGGCCUUGAUCAAUGGAGAAAGAGACCAUCCCAACGCCACUGCAUGGAGGAAAAACUUUCUUCGUGUGGGUCGCCUGGUGCUCAUUGGGGGUCCUGAUGAUGGUGUCAUUACUCCCUGGCAGUCCAGGUAAACUAAAGCACAAUAUCAAAACCAGGAAAUAAGCUGGGCAUGGUGGUACGCGCCUGUAGUUCCAGCACUCGGGAAGCUGAGGCAGGAGGAUCAGCUGAGCCCAGGAGUAUGAGACCAGUCUGGGCAACACAGCGAGACCCCAUCUCAAACCAACCAACCAACCAACCAGGAAGUUAACAUUGGUACAAUGUAUGUUUGUGGUUCUGUGCCAUUUUAUUAUUUUCUACCAGCACUUUAUUUACCAAGACUAUUGUAACACCUCCAGCCUCGUCUCUCUAUGGCACUAUGUGAUUGUCUCUGUUGUAGGUCAUCAUGAGUGAUCUGAAAUGUCACCUGAGUUACCUUACUUAACAAAUAUUUAUUGAAUUCUAUGUGCCCAGCUGCUAUUCUGGGUUCUGGAAAUGCAGCAGUAAAUAAAAAAGAAAUCACUGCUAUUAUGUAGCUUACAUUCUAGUGGGUAGAGAAAGUAAAUUAGACUAGACUUAUUUAGAUAAUAAAUGUAAAUAUAUAUGUCAGGUGGCAAUAAAGGAAGGCAGGGGAGGCAUCAGAGGAUGCUUAGGGCCUGUUUUAAUGCUCAAAGAAGGCAUAAUGGAAGAGCUGCAACUUGAGCAGAGGCAGAAGGAAGUGAGAGAGGGAGUUGUAUAACAGAGGAGGAAGAAGACCCAAGCAGCACCUGCAGAGGGCCUGGGGCAGGUGUGAGUAAUGAGGCUGAUAUAGGAAGAGCAGGAAGAGUUCAUGAGAGGAAGAAAAAGAGGUAGUGAGGACCAGUUGUGUUGAGUUUUUGCAGGUUAAAGUAAGGCCUUACUUUAUUCUCUUUUUCUUUUUUUGUAUGUGAUAAAAUAUAGAUAACAAUAGGUUGGGGAUACAGUUCAGGGAUACAGCACUUGUCUACCAUGUGUCAGGACCUGGGUUUGAUCACAAGCACCAGAAAAAAAAAAUAGGUAGUAAAAAUUACCAUUUUAGUCCAGGCAGUACAUACCUGUAAUCCCAGUGACUCAGGAGGCUAAGGUAGGAGAAUCACAAGUUUGAAGCCAACCUUGACAAUUUAGUCUCAAAAUAAAAAGGGCUGAGGGGCUGGGGAUGUGGCUCAAGUGGUAGCGCACUCGCCUGGCAUGCAUGCAGCCAGGGUUCGAUCCUCAGCACCACAUAGAAACAAAGAUGUUGUGUCCGCCGAAAACUAAAAAAUGUUAAAAUUCUCUCUCAAAUAAAUAAAAAGGGCUGAGGGUAUGCCUCAGUGAUAGAAGGCCUCUGGGUUCAAUCUCCAGUACCACACACACAAAUAAACAAACAGGUGUGGUGGUGCAUACCUGUAAUCUGAGCUACUUGAGAGACUGAGACAGAAGGAGUGCUAGUUUGAGACCAGCUUCAGUAACUUAGCAAGACCCUGUCUCAAAAUAAAAAAUAAAAAUGGGCUGAGAAUGAAGCUCAGUGGUGAAGUGCCCCUGGGUUCAAUUCUCAGUACUUUGAAAAAAAAAUCCUAUUAUUAUUAUUAUCUUCUUUUGACAUUUAAGGAAACACAGGGCAAAGAGAUUAAAUAACUUGCCUACAUUUAUAGUGUUCCUAAGUGGUGAGGUCAGGCUAUCUGACUUUUUUUUUAAUUUUUUUUUGUUUAGUUGUUGAUAGUCCUUUAUAUUUUUCGUGGUGCUGAGAAUCGAACCCAGUGCCUCACACAUGCCAGGCAAGUGCGCUACCACUGAGCCCCAGCCCCAGCCCAGGCUAUCUGACUUUUAAUCACAAUGUUUUACUUCCUCUUGAUAAAGGAGGUAUUCUUUAUAGGACAAUGAGGACAAGUAACAUACUGAGACAUACACAUGGGGAGAGUGUGGCAGAACUGGGGUUCAAAUUCAGGCCUGUGUGUGUGUCCCUACCACUUUCUUACACCUUCUACAAUAUAACCCCCAGACCCCCAGACCUCCAGCCCAGCUUUCCCAUGUGCCCAGCUGUGUCUCUGUGGCUUUGCUCUUGCUGUUUCCUUUAUCUGGAUACCCGUCCAGGAGCACCACAGGGAAAUUUUGUUGAUGCUGUAAAAACUAAAGUAAUGGUCCCUUCUCUGAUCCCACAGUCCACUGAACUUUUUCAGCAUUUGUGAAGUUAUUCACAGUGAGGUUCCACUCAGUGCCCAUGACAGUUAAAUACUCUUUAAUUUAAAAAUGUGUAAUUAAUCCUGAGAAUCACACAAAAAAACUGUUUUAAAAGAAAUUUUAUUUUGAAGUAAUUUUACACCUAAGAAAAACAAAGCCAGGCAUGGUAAUGGCAUGGUAUCCCACAUACCAAGGACAUUAAGUCAGGAGGAUUGCAAGUUUGAGGCCAAUCUGGGCAACUUAUUGAGACCUAUCUCAAAAUUUAAAAAAAGAAGAAAAGGAAAAGGGUGGGCAGGAUGUAGCUCAGUGGUAGAGUGGUUGCUUAGCAUGUGGAAGGCCCCAAGUUUAAUUCCCAGCAUGGAAGGAAGGAAGCCAAGUUAGUACAAAGCAUUUCUUUCUUUUUUUUUUUUUAAAUUCUUUUGAGACAGGGUCUUUCUAAAUUGCUGAGGCUAGCCUCAGACUUGUGAUCCUCCUACCUUAAUCUCUUGAGUCACUGGAAUUACAGGCCUGUGCCAUUGCACCUGGCUUGUAUACUCUUCACCUAAAUUUCCCAAAUGUUAACAUUUUACCAUGUUUACAUUAACAUAUUUUCUCUGUCCCCUUAAAUAUAUGUAUAUUUAUGCAUACAUGUUAAUAUUUAAAUAUAUUCAACAUUUACAAAAAAACAUUUUUUUUGUGUGAACCCUUUGAGAGUAUUCUGUAGACAUGAUAUCUCUUUACAUCUGUAUAUUUUAGUGUGUCAGGCUGUAUUUCCUAUAAGCAGGAUGUUCUUUUAUGUAACCACAGUAGUUUUCAAGUGGAAAAUUAAUAGAGACAGUAAUGUAAUUUUUUGGGGGGAGGGGGGUGGUUAUUGGGGAUUGAACUCAGAGGUGCUUAACCACUGAACCAUAUUCCCAGCCCUUUUAUAUUUUAUUUAGAGACAAGGUCUUGCUGAGUUGCUUAGGGCAUACUAAGGUUGACCUCAGACUUACAAUCCUCCUUCCUCAGCUUCCUGAGUGGCUAAGAUUACAGGCAUUCACCACCAUGCCUGGCUGUCCUCAGACCUUUAAAAAAAAUUAAAAAUUUUUAUUUUUACAUAUAUAGAUGGACACAUAUCUUUAUUUUAUUAUUUAGUCUUAUGUAGUGGUGAGGAUUGAAUCUAGUGCCUCACAUGUGCUAGGUAAGCACUCUACCACUGAG